UCGAAACAAGGAAGCGAGAGAGAGAGAUGCCACAUGCGCAGGACCUGUCAUUCAUUUUUUAAACAGUGUACUUACGAGAGACGUCGUAGACAUGUUUAGCUUCACCCAGUCUUAUGUGGUUUUGUGUCUUCACCCCUACCACAUAUUAUCCCCUACUUGAUGAGCUUAACCUCGUAUCACUAGUCUUCGUGAGUUGGAGACACUGAGCUAUUCAUAUUGUUGGCAACAAUGGCGACACUGAAACAAUUCUUCGGUCUGGCGUCUGGCGGAUCUCAGUGUCAUAUUAGCAACUUGUCAAUUAUUUUUUUCUAGUUGUGAAUUCUAGGGUUAAAAAGUUGAGUCUUGAAUAUUUAUUGAAAAGAAUUCCACAAAAAUUAAGUAUUUACAUAGAUUGUUGUAUCGAUGAGAAAUUCAGAUACUUUACAAUAAAAUAUUUCAGUUUAAGGAAUGGUAUGUUUUCAGCCCACAACUGUAAUCGUGCAGCUUUAGUAUUUACUUUAAUAUUUACCUUUGUAAUUAAAAUUUGGAUGCGUUGAUCACACUGUAAAUGGAUUAUUGUAUAGUAAUUACAAAUAUGAAUUCAAUAAUUUUAUAGUAUAUAACAUACUUUUCAGGUGAAACCGUUUCAUAGUAUUGUGUAAUAUUUGCAAAGGAUAAGGAUAAUAUUUACAGUACAUAAUGAGUACCGAAGUUCAAAAAUCGGUACGUACACCUAAAAGGACGCCAAUAACCGACGACUACGACAUUACUAAACAAGUUUUGGGCCUAGGAAUCAAUGGCAAAGUUGUUGAGUGCUUCAGCAAAGCUACUAAAGAAAAAUAUGCACUCAAGAUUUUAGUUGACAGUGUUAAAGCCAGGCGAGAAGUCGAUUUACAUUGGAGAGUCAGCGGUUGCCGCCACAUUGUAAAUAUCAUUGAUGUUUAUGAAAAUAAAUACAACAGCAGCACAUGCCUUCUUGUUGUUAUGGAAUGCAUGGAAGGAGGUGAAUUAUUCCAAAGAAUCCAAGAUCGACCUGAUGCAUUCACUGAAAGAGAGGCUGCUCAAAUAAUGCACGAAAUAUGUAUAGCUGUCAAAUAUCUUCAUGACAAUAAUAUAGCUCACAGGGAUUUGAAGCCAGAAAAUCUGUUAUACUCUAAAAGUGAUACUUAUGGUGUACUUAAACUAACAGACUUUGGGUUUGCAAAAGAAACAUUACUGAAAGACACUUUGCAAACACCUUGUUAUACCCCUUACUAUGUUGCUCCAGAAGUAUUAGGACCUGAAAAAUAUGAUAAGAGCUGUGAUGUAUGGUCAUUAGGCGUUAUUAUGUACAUUUUGUUGUGUGGCUUUCCGCCAUUUUACAGUAACCAUGGCCUAGCGAUAUCUCCAGGGAUGAAAAAAAGAAUAAGGAUGGGCCAAUACACAUUUCCUGAUCCAGAAUGGCAGAAUGUUAGUCAAGAUGCAAAGGACCUCAUCAGUGGAAUGUUGAAUAUCGACCCUGCCAAAAGGUUAACAAUUGAUGAAGUUAUGAGUAAUAGGUGGAUUGCGCAAUAUACUGCGGUUCCCCAAACGCCCCUUCACACAAACAAGAUGUUGAAAGAAGGUGUAGAAAUAUGGCCGGAAGUCCAAGAAGAAAUGACUCGAUCACUAGCCACGAUGCGCGUCGAUUAUGACCAAGUACAUAUAAAAGCUCUGGACAAUUCCAACAACCCUUUAUUGAACAAACGGCGUAAAAAGACAACAACUCCUAAUAAUGCCUCAAAGCCAUAGUCUUAGGUUAAUUUCAGAGUUAGUGGCUUCAAGAAGAGGAUGUUACAUAAUUCCUUUGAUUGACAUAUUCUACCAGAGAUAGAUACCAAAUUCUGUUGAAACCCUGGAGCCACCAACAACGUACGCUUACGAAGUCUGUAAAUUAAGCGAUGAGUGAUUUUUAAAAAAAAUUCCAUUCAAAUUUAAAUAAUUUUAUAUUCUUACCCUCAAAUUGACUUCUUUCUGAAGCCACACAGCGCUGAAGACGGUUAUUCCAUUCCUCCUAGCAGCACUGGAACUUCGAUACUGAAAUAGCAUUCAGCUUACAGACGUUUGAAUGUCUUCGACUGUCCCGAAUUGAGUUCCCUUGAGGUAAUUUUUCAACUUCGUGAAAAAGUCACAAGGACUCAAUUCGGGUGAAUAAGGAGGCUGAGGAGCCACAUGAAUGUUUUUACUGACCAAAAACUCGUUUAUUGACAUUGCUGUGUGACAAGGAGCAUUAUGGUGAUGCAACAUCCCGUUCUUGAUCUGAUGAACGGUGGUGUUGAUCAAAUUUAACUCUUCCCCGAUCAAUCUGACUGUCAACCGAUGAUCUGAACGCACAAGAUCUCGAAUUCUGUCUAUAUUUUCAUCCGCUCUCGGAGAUGAAAGCCGAUCGCUUCGUGCUUCAUCUUCAAUCGACUUUCUUCCUUCUGAAAAUGCCUUAAGCCACCGAAAAACCUGGGCUCCUGACAAAAUACUAUCUCUGUAGGCCUGUUUAGCAAGACUUUCCGUUGCACUGUGCCCUUGUUUGAAAAAAUUGAUCUCACUCAUUUUUAGAAUACAAUAGAAAAAACCUUUUCACAAAAAAAGUCGCUUCGGACGAACAAAUAACUCGAGCGAGUUCAAGCUUGUACCGAAGGGGGAUCGCAUGUUCCCCUGACUAUCGUCCAAGCCCGGUGCCAGAUCGAAUGCUACGUUGCCGGUCUCAUCACUUAAUUUACAGAUCUCGUAUAACUAUAUACGUGUCGAACACCGUCUUUAGGCGCCAGCGUUGCCACCUCUCGGAUUGUUUUUUUUUAAUUCUGUGAAUACGAAAUCUUAGGAGUAAUUACGAACGAGGUUGAUGUAAAGAAAACUUAUACCAAGAGAACACCAUUAGGCAAGACGAAUAAAUUAGAGGGAUGAGAGGACAUUUCGUAUAAAUGUGUGUUCUUAUUAUUUGGUCAGAGAUAGAAGCGGUGUUGCCAGAUAGAUAAUCCUUCUGGAUUAAUUCAUUGUUUAUCACCUUGUCGUGAAAGCAUUUUUCAUUCAAAUUUACUUUUGUUAUGACAUUUAUUCAUGAUGGGAAUAUUUAUUAUCCGUUUUCAGUCUAUGAAAUUUAUUUUCCAUUCAAUAAAGUUAUGAAUCACACUUUUUACGAGUGCUCUUCGCGUCGAGCUUUAAAUUAACACAUAGCUAUUUAACUUUUAGGGUCCUGCGCGGAAUGAUACACGAUUUAGUUUAGUAACAAAGAGGGACAUCAGUUUGUCUUACGCUAUUUAUGCAUCAAUUUCAACAUUCUAAAUUGGAGCUUGCUAUCUUGACCCAUUCAAAAAACAAGUAUGGUUUUUUAAAAGCCUGUAUUCUCAGGACUCCUUUUAGUCGGAAGCUACGGUGGUCAAAUUCAUUCUAUUCUAGAUAUUAACAGUUUUGCAACUUUUUGAUAAGCAGUGAUAGAAUAAUAUGUUCUUAUGGCUAAACACAGACUGAAACCACAGAAACCGUGUUUCUUUACACUCUCCUGUAAGUAAAUAAGGAUCAUUACAGACCAAUAUUCUAUUUUUUUCCUCUUCUAAAGGAAUUCCUGCAAUCCUAUUUGGCAACAUGGCUGCUACAAAUUAAAUUAUAUGUGAACAUCCAAAUACAUCAUGUGGUUGAGUAUUUUCUUGGAGAAUAUGUUAAUUAAUGAUAAUACAUGAUGUUUCAGGAUAUGUGUAUAAAAAAUAGUAUGAAGUUUUCAUGGGCUUCCCUAAUCCACAUAUUUUGGGACUCUGUAUUCAUAAUUGAUAGAAUGUUAUUCAUGUGAGUGCCUUGUCUUGUUAUACUUACAUAUACAUGGUGCGAUCCACUUCUUUUUGCCACGUUCUUGCAUGGACCUAAAAAAACAAAGCUAGAUUUUAGUUUACUCGAUGUAAUUUUGUUGUGCUAAUACUAUAAUUUUUACUGAUAGAUGAGGAUUGUCUGGAAGUGGUUUUUUGCAAGCACUGUUGAAGAUACAAGUUUACAUUUAGCUGAAAUAUACUAGUCUAAUGUGAAUAGUUUAAUUUUAUGAGAGAUAAGGCUCAGUUCUCUAAUAGUUGACACUAAACAUGUGAAGAUUUUGGUAUAUAAUGAUGGACUGUGUGCCUUCUUCUAUCUGAAAUGAAAGUUUAGAGUUUGUAAUAUUGUGGCUUUAACUCAAAGCCUGGUAAGUCCCUAGUUGAUAUCCUUGAUGCUGUUUUGCUUUCCACACCAAUUGGAGAGAACUUUCUUUACUUAUAGUAAUCACGAAAAUUUUUGAAAAUGAGAUGUGUAUAUACAUCACGACAAACCAUGUCACUCAUUGCUCGCACAGUCUGUGUGUCAGCUAAUCAAUUUUUUGUUUCACUUUCCACGCCAGUAGGUGAGGGGAGUAUUGUAAUCGAGAACAUUUUCGAAUUUGAGAUACUUUUUUCAAUUAUAUGACUUACAUCACAAGAAAACAUGUAACUUAUUUCUGACUAUACAAAGUGGGUCUGCGUGACUCUAUAUUGUAUUACUCAUUACUUGUUAACUUGCUAGUGACUAUACUGUAUAAUUUGCAGGUUAAAUUCGGUCUGCUAUUUCACAUCCACAUAAAAUGAGGAUUAUUAAAAUGUAGUAAAUAUUAAUAUAUUCUUAUAAAAUGAGUUGUGGCAAUAUAUACGAGUAUAUAUAUUUGUAUAUGUGUAUUUUUUGUAGGUAUUACUGUGAAUCAAAUGAUUUGUCAGGCAAAAUCUGUAUGGAAUAUGAAUAUACCCUAUUUCACGAGCAUUCAUCACGGUAGAAUGACAUAGUAAUAUCUCAAAAUUCCCCAUAUCGGCACAGGACACAUAAUUCUGACGGAUCUGUCAGCGUCAGGUAGUCAGAGCCGUAUUUUGUUUUGCUUUUUUUGUACGCUACAGAUUCAUUUUGUACUUGCUAGCAGCUCUUUUAUUUAGGAAAGUUCAUUUGCAUAUAAAAAACAAAAUGCUACAAACAAGUUGUACUCGACACCCUAUUCAUUAUUGCCAGCGUCGCAGACUAACAUGAAAAUGUCACUUGCUGAUCAGCUGUUCACCUCAGUAGACGUCAAUGCGUGAUGGAUACUCGUGAAAUAGGGUUUAGGUGAUUUGUUAUGUAUGCUAACUUAAAUAUUUUAUUUUUAGAAGUAUUAUUACGAGUAUAUUAAAACUGUUGAUUAAAUCAGUAGAAGACAAA